UUUUUUCUUCCGUUGGUGGUUUGGUGGGGUGGGGGUGGGUCAAGUAAUUAGAGCAAAAAAAUGGGUGCUUUGGUGAUUAUGAAAUUUAAGAAUGUUUUUUUUAGCGAGAAUUAUCUUUCAAUUGUGAUUUUUGUUGACUGUAUUGUUCUAAUUUUGUUUUUUGAUUUCUAUUUUUUUGUGCAUUUAUUUACAGGGAAGCUUAGAAGGGGGCAGCAAGCAUUUUCAUACUGAUGGUCCGAGAGAAGGAUGCCUGCUGGGAAUAUGCGGACAGAUUAGAAGGAAACAAAGUGAGAUGCAAAUUCUGCGACAGAGUUCUCAACGGUGGAAUUAGCAGAUUAAAACAUCAUUUAUCAAGGCUUCCCAGUAAAGGCGUAAACCCGUGCACCAAAGUAAGAGAUGACGUCACGGAUAAGGUAAGGGAAAUCAUAGCAUCGAAGGAGGAUCCAAAAGAAGCAUCAAUUACCAAAAGGCAAAAAGUACCCGAAACUAAAUCUCCUUUAGCUACAAGCAUCUCUUCAGGUAAAGCUCCCGUCUCUGCUGAAGCAGCACCACGCCUUACUGGGAAAGUGUUGUCAUCGAUGACAUCAUCGAGCUGUUCUGCAAGAACCGAUCAAGAAAAUGCAGAGAGAAGUAUAGCAGUUUUCUUCUUCGAAAAUAAAGUGGACUUGAGCGUGGCCCGUUCUUCGUCUUAUCAUCAAAUGAUCGAUGCGGUAAAAAAGUGCGGUAAUGGAUUCGUUGGACCAUCUGCAGAAAGUUUGAAAACAACAUGGUUGGAAAAGAUCAAAUCCGAAGUGAGUUUGCAUUCGAAAGAUAUCGAAAGGGAGUGGGCUAUAAGCGGAUGCACGAUUAUUGCUGAAACAUGGACAGACAACAAAUCAAGAGCUGUAAUAAACUUCUUUGUCUCCUCCCCCUCGAGAACCUUCUUCCACAAAUCGGUCGACGCAUCUUCGUAUUAUAAAAAUACCAAGUACCUCUCUGAUUUAUUCGAUUCCGUUAUACAAGAUUUCGGACCGGAAAAUGUAGUUCAGAUAAUUACAGAUAAUGCUCUGAAUUGCCCUGGCUUACCAAACCACAUACUGCAGAACUACGGCUCGAUUUUUGUGACACCAUGCGCUUCCCAGUGCAUGAACGGGAUUUUGGAAGAUUUUUGUAAGGUGGAUUGGAUAAAUAGGUGUGUUUUGCAGGCACAGGUGGUUUCGAGGUAUAUAUACAACAAUUCUUCGAUGCUCGAUUUGAUGAAAAAAUUCACGGGAGGGCAAGAAAUCAUUAGGAGCGGCGUUACAAAGUCCGUUUCGAAUUUUCUUUCUCUGCAAUCUAUGUUGAAGCAAAAAUCAAGAUUGAAACAUAUGUUCAACAGCCCGGAAUUUUCCACGGAUCCAGUUUUUGCAUGCAAGUCUCAAACAGCAAAUUGUGUAAGCAUUAUCGAUGAUAAUGAAUUUUGGAGAGGAGUCGAAGAAAGUGUGGCAGUAUCGGAGCCGUUUUUGAAAGUGAUGAGGGAAGUUUAUGGAGGGAAAGCCUCGGUGGGGUUUAUUUACGAGUUGAUGACUAGAGCAAAGGAGUCUAUUAGGACAUACUAUAUUAUGGACGAGAUUAAAUGCAAGACGUUUUUGGACAUUGUGGAUAAGAAGUGGCAGAACAAUCUUCAUUCGCCUCUUCAUUCUGCAGCAGCUUUUCUGAACCCUAGCAUUCAGUAUAAUCCGGAGAUUAAAUUUCUCGGAUCUAUAAAGGAAGAGUUUUACAGAGUUCUCGAGAAGCUUUUACCGACCCCUGAAUCAAGACGCGAUAUAACUAACCAGAUUGUUUUGUUUUCGAGUGGGAGUGGAAUGUUUGGCUGUAACAUUGCAAAGGAAGCAAUCGAUACUGUUUCACCUGGCAUUUGGUGGGAGCAAUUUGGAGAUGGUGCACCUAUGCUGCAACGUGUGGCGAUUCGAAUACUCAGCCAAGUUUGCAGCACUUCAACUUUUCAGAGGCAGUGGAGCAACUUCCAACAGAUCCAUUCGGAGAAACGCAAUAAGAUCGAUAAGGAAACAUUAAAUGACUUACUUUACAUAAAUUACAAUCUCAAAUUGGAAAAAUCGUUGAAAUCGAAUUCUUCGGAAGUGGAUCCUCUACAAGUCGAUGACAUAGACAUGACUUCGGAGUGGGCGGAGGAGACUGAAAAUCCGAGCCCUGUCCAGUGGCUUGACCGUUUUGGUUCUGUUUUGGAUGGAGAUUUAAAUACGAGGCAGUUUAACGCUGCUAUAUUUGGUGCAAACGACAGUAUUUUCAAUUUGUAACUAGGCGUAUAUUGUGUAUAUGCAUGCUGUAUUACUAAGAAAUGCUAUUCAAGUUUUCUGUAUAUUUGUUGCAUUUGCAACCCCACCUGUAAGAGAACCCCAAUUUUUUUCAAGAUAAAAUAAAAUUUGAU